AGGGGGUGUGGUGUCACGUGUUGAGGUUUAAAAGGCGUGAGGUGGGAGAGGUACACAAAAACACAGCAGUAUCUAACGUUGCUGGGAGAGGACUACUGAAGCUGGAAGAUGGACGCUGGAUUCCGCAAACCCAGCUUGGAUAAUGGCGUACAGAGCUCCAUGUAUCUUGAGGAGGAGACCAACAAGGUGGGGGUGGUGUCCUGCAUUUUCUCCCUGAAAGAGGGGGUGGGGUCCCUGGCCAAAGCCCUCCGACUGUUUGAGGAGAAGAACAUCAACCUGACACACAUCGAGUCACGGCCGUCGCGCCUGAAUAAAAAGGAGUUCGAGUUCUUCAUCAGUGUGGACAACAGCUGCGCCAAAGCCCUGGAUGAGGUCAUCGAGGGGCUGCGCACACAGAUCAGCGGCCAUGUGCACGAGCUGUCACGCGAUAAGACGAAGGACACGGUGCCCUGGUUCCCCGUUACCAUCCAUGACCUGGACCGUUUCGCCAAUCAGAUCCUGAGCUACGGUUCGGAGCUCGACGCUGAUCAUCCUGGCUUUACAGACCCCGUAUACAGAGCCAGGAGGAAAGAGUUUGCCGACAUCGCCUAUAACUACAGACAUGGUCAGGUGAUCCCCAAGGUGGAGUACACGGAGGAGGAGAAGGACACAUGGGGGAAGGUGUUCAAGGAGCUGAAGACCCUGUACCCAACACACGCCUGCCGGGAGCACAACCGCGUCUUCCCCCUGCUGGAGAAGUACUGCGGGUACAGGCAGGACAACAUCCCGCAGCUGGAAGACGUCUCCAACUUCCUGCAGUCAUGCACAGGAUUUCGGCUCCGCCCCGUGGCCGGGCUCCUCUCGUCCCGUGACUUUCUCGCCGGCCUGGCAUUCCGAGUCUUCCAUUCCACGCAGUACAUCCGCCACUCGUCCAAGCCCAUGUACACCCCGGAGCCCGACAUCUGUCACGAGCUCUUGGGACAUGUCCCCCUGUUUGCCGACCCUAGUUUUGCCCAGUUCUCACAGGAAAUUGGUCUUGCCUCUCUGGGAGCUCCUGAUGAGUACAUUGAAAAGCUUGCGACUGUGUACUGGUUCACAGUGGAGUUUGGCCUGUGCAAGCAGGGUUCCGAGAUCAAGGCCUACGGGGCCGGACUGCUGUCGUCGUUUGGAGAGCUACAGUACUGCUUGACGGAGAAGCCUCAACUGUACCCAUUUGAACCGGAGAAGACGUGCGUUCAGAAAUAUCCCAUCACCGAGUUCCAGCCAUUGUACUUUGUGGCUGAGAGCUUCGAGGACGCCAAGGAGAAAGUCAGGAAGUUCGCCGCGACCAUACCCAAGCCCUUUUCGCUGCGAUACAACCCUUACACCCAGAGUAUCGAGGUGCUGGACAGCACGCAGCAGCUCCGCAAUCUUUCGGAGAGCAUCAGCGGUGAGAUGGGGAUCCUGUGUAAUGCCUUGCGCAAAAUGAAAUGAAUAUUUCCGUGACAUCUCUCAGCAGAUCUCCGAUUGUGGAAUAUCGAUCUCUGCAGCACUCAACCUACUGCUUAUCUGUCAAUCGCUAUAACGCUGGACAAACUGACCUGCAGAGCUGUUUCGUGAAUCUGCACUUUAGCCGACGUUAUAUAGCUUACACGUCUUAGGUAACCUAUAAAGAAAUUUUAUUAGUUCCUCUCUUAACUUUACUAUUAUGCCCUUAAAUUCUGUAACGGAAAUAAUUAGAAAUACCAGUAUAAUACGCAACACAUUAUUUUAAAUUUUGUAUAAGAUUGCAAUCUAAUGCAUGGUAUAUUAUUUCAUUUUAUAUUAAAUGCAAUAUCAUUUAUUGGGAUAGCUAUUUUGGAAAACACAGGGUUAAAAAUAUAAUACCAGUCAGCAAGCAACGUGGCAUUUAUACUUUUUCAGUAAAAAAUAUGGAUCAAAAGUGAAUAAUCGCUGAUAACAUCUGAACAUUUUCGCCUCUUGUCUGCAACGACUUUAAAAUAGUGCAAUGUUGCUAUUUGCAUUUAAUUCGAAUUGAUUCACAUUUUCUUCGCGCGCAGGUGACAGUGUGGUUGUUCUGGGACAUAAUAGCAGUAAUUUUGUAAAUCCAGCCGAGGUCCCUUUAGAUCCUUAGGGUGCUCGAGACAGAGCUAUCAGGUAUGAUGGCUCGGAGGUACUCUGUUUCAUCGUGAAAUUAUGCUUUUGGUGUGAUGUAGGCUUGUCUAUAACUCAGUCGACGAUUUUAUAGCAGUUAGAUUAUGCAGCACAAACCGUUCGUUUGAAUACCCUUCAUGUUCAGUUACAAACCGGCCAAUUCUGAUAUCAGAGUUCCAGAAAAACAGAAAUUUUAUAUAUCAUUGUAGGCUUUUUAGAAUGUCUUCCCCAUCGUUUCCAUAAAAUGGCAUAUAUAUAAUUUGGGGAUAUUUGGUAUUUGGGUGAAAGCAACAAUGGAAGAUUUUAAAUAUUUGAUUUCUAGUGUUUCAGAUGAUAAUUGCAUUAAAUUGGUUUCCAAAUGGGAGGUUUAUGUUUUUAAUCACAAAUCUUUAUACCUUGUAUAAUACUUGCAUAAAAUGUAAUGACAUAUAAUAAAAAUUUUCGAAAUAUAA